CCGGGAGAAAACAGGGAAGUGUUUUCAUAGCUAACACUUCCCCUUGGAAAACUGCUUCACAUAUUUGUUUUCCACUGAAGUUGUGAUAAAGUCAACCAGAAGAAUGACCAGCGGGCAGCAAAGACAAGGCUCAGGAAAUGGCUACCUUACUGACCAGGAGUCACUCAGAUUACGCCAGGUUUCCUCCCGAAUGUCCGGUCCAAUCUACCAUGAUGUGAACCGGAGCACAAGCUCUGCUGAGGAUGACAUGGGCGGUUCUGAGCUGAACCGAGAGAUCAGGAGCAACCCUUGGCACAUGGCUCAGAAAAGAACUAAAUGGCUGGAGCAACAAAAGCAGGUUCCUGCUCAGUUCAGUGGAGGGUCCUGGAAACACAAAAGGACCAAAUAUGUGCAUCAAUUCAAAAGCAAUGUCAGAGAGCUUCUUUACUUUUUGUCACUGUGGGGAAAAUCCUUGCAAAAGAUCGGAGGGAACUUUGGAGGUGGCGUCCAGUCUUACUUCUUCUUCCUCCGAUUCUUGGUGGUUCUUAAUUUUGUCUCCUUCCUGCUGAUUGGUGGAUUCGUCCUCAUCCCCAGCAUCGUGUUCAGAUCAGUGGGGACCAAUCUGGCCAGAAACACAGGUGAAGAGGAAUGUUUGAAGUAUAAUCCUAAUCCUGAAGGCUUGGUGGUCUUUUAUGAGUUCUUUCUUCAUUUGCUCUCAGGAACGGGAUUUAUGGAAUAUUCAUACAUGUUUUAUGGCUACUACAACAACACCAUGGUGGAGGACAGAAGCUUUUCCUACAACAUCCCCCUUGCCUAUCUGUUUACUGCUGUCUUCUACUUCGCCUUUUGUCUCAUAUGCAUCAUAGUGCGAAUGGGCAAAGUAGCUCGAGUUGCAGUGACAACCGGGGGCAGUGAUGUGAGCAACUACAGCAAGAUUGUCUUCACUGGGUGGGACUAUGGCUGCCUGGGAAGCAAAGCCACCAAUCUAAAACAGAGGAACAUCUACUACCGGCUGCAGGUGGAUCUGGAGGAGGAGCGCCUACAGAUGCAUGCAGCUUCCCUCAGUUUGUGCAACAAAGUAACUUUAUAUUCUCUGCGUGUUUUGAUGUUUCUUGUGGCAGUCGGGCUCCUCGUGGCAACCUUCUUUGCCAUCUUUUAUGCAACUAUAUUCAGCCAGGAGCAAAACAGCAAGGCGGAAGGGAUCCUGGCAUUGUUUUAUGAGUAUCUGCCAUCCAUCGUCAUCACCGCAGGGAACUUCUUGGUGCCUCUGCUGUGCGACCAAUUAGCUUUAAUAGAAAAAUACUCUCCCAGUGCUACUGUAGUACUGGCACUGUUAAGGGCAGUGAUCUUGCGUCUCGUCAGUCUAGCCAUCCUUCUCUACACUCUGUGGGGUCAGAUCACCUGCCAUGGAAACACAUACUAUAGAAACAUAACCGAGAGUAACACGACCGACUGUGAUCUGUGUCAAUACAACCACAGUGCUUACCCGUGCUGGGAAACAAAUGUGGGACAGGAGAUGUACAAGCUGACGCUGUUCGACCUCCUCGUGAACAUCGCUAUCCUUGUGCUGGUUGAAUUUCCACGCAGGAUGGUGGUUGACAACUGUUCCUGUAAAUUGUCUCAGUGGGUGGGUCGCCAGGAGUUUGGGGUUCCCUCCAACGUGCUCGGGCUUGUUUAUGGUCAGACUGUAGUCUGGACAGGAGCUCUCUUUUGCCCUCUGCUGCCACUCAUAAACACAGUCAAGUUUGUCAUCAUCUUUUACUGCAAGAAGAUCACACUUUUCAACAACUGCCGCCCAGCGAUGAGGACAUUUCGGUCCACCACCUCCACCUUCUUUUUUCUGGCGGUACUACUGUUUGGCUGGAUCCUAGCCUUGGUUGUCAUGAUUUAUAGUGUAGCUGUGAUCCAUCCAUCUCAAGCUUGUGGGCCUUUCCGCGUCUUCCCCAACAUGUGGCAGAUUGUUCCAAACUCGUUCUACAGUCUGUCUAGAGUAACACAAGAUUUUCUCUUUUUUAUUGGCUCGCAAGCUUUUUCUAUACCUCUUUUUGCCUUGUCAUGUGUGGUUAUGUGCUAUGUCAUAGCUUUAGCCUCUAUCUAUGGAAAAUCUGUUACAAUGCUGAGAACUCAGCUUAAAUUGGCAGCACAAGACAAGCAGUUCUUGGUAAAGCAGAUCAAGAAGAUGAAACACCUCACACCACAGAACAAUGAAGGAGAACAAGACUAGACUCAAUCUGUAAACCAUGUUUUGUGUUUAACACAGAUAAUCUAUCUAUCUAUCUAUCUAUCUAUCUAUCUAUCUAUCUAUCUAUCUAUCUAUCUAUCUAUCUAUCUAUCUAUCUAUCUAUCUAUCUAUCUAUCUAUCUAUCUAUCUAUCUAUCUAUCUAUCACUCUCUCUCUCUCUGUCUGUCUGUCUGUCUGUCUUGUUAGUCUCUCUUUAUCUUUGCCAUGUAUUUAUUAAACAAAUGCAUUUUAAUUCCUUUUUAGAAACUAUUUACCUUUAGCUUUCCUUUUACAUUUUCCAUACCAUUUGCUAAUAAUACACUUUGAAAUAAAAAAAAGGUAUUUUAUUUAAAGAAACUGUUAAAAAUAUAGACAAAAUGCAAAGGAAGAGAGGCACACAAAUCAAAACAAAAAAAUAUAUAAAUUAACAUGUCUAAAAUGUUUGCUUGACAUAUUAAUGAAUUGUGAUAUUAAACUAUGUUGAACAACAGCUAAAAAAUAAACUCAUUAAACAAAAA